UCUUCCCUUAAUGGCCUUAAUUCGUUUUAAUAAGAUAAUGGAGAAUGAAGGCACAGUUAUGACUACCGAACAAAUAACGGGAAGAUGUCUAUCUAUGUGUCCGGAAAAAGAGCGACUGACGAGAGAGCGAGAAGGUUUGUUGCACAGAUAUGAAAUUGAUGAGGGAACGAAACACACAAAAAGACCCAAGGCUGAUCCAGUAAAAAUUGUAAAAUGCUUCAGUCGCUCUGCUGCUGGACAAGUUAUGACGGAUCCAAAUUUGUUACGUCCCCCACAUGUAUUAUUAUCCACUGUUCAAUACUUGUUCACCAAGAUAAUUACACGAACGGAUUUAGAUUGGGUAUUGAUAUACAACUUUGUAUUUGAUAGGUUGAGGUCAGUACGACAAGAUGCUGUAAUACAAAGAGUCGAUAUUGUUACAAGUAUUUUCCUUCUUGAACCAAUUGUCAGAUUUCACAUAUAUGCCGCACAGAGGCUGUGUGAAAGAGACAUUUCAGAAUUCGAUGCAAAAAUAAAUAGUGUACAUCUGUUUGAAUGUAUCAAGCAGUUACUUGUAUUAUAUGAUCAACAAAAUGAAAAUGUAACAGAUAAUACAGCAAUACAUAAAGAUCUCGAAAAAUUAGCAUUAAAUAAUAGCCGAUCAGAGAUGGAAGCUAUAUAUAUUCUUCUCCAUAUUGGAGAUUGGGAGGCUUUAAAAAGAGCUCUUACGCUUUCGUCUGAUUUAAAAAAGUCGCCUGCCAUUCAGUUAGCCACAAAGAUAUCAUUUGCUUGGUAUUUGAGAAAUUAUGUUUGUGUUCGUCAUUUGGUCGACCAAUUAUCCCCGAUAUUAGCUUGUGCAUUCUUUUGUAAUUUGCAGAGCUUCAGAAGAAAUGUUCUGCAAAUCAUGAGUUCUGGCUACAAUAGCAGAGUAUUGACGUUUCCAGGACUGAAAUUGCAAAAACUUUUAUUUUAUAAAGAUAUAAGUAAAAUCCAGGCCGAUUGCAAAUUAUUUGGUUUGACAUUUACCAAUGAAAAUGUUUUAUUUAAAAAGUCACAGUUCAACGAACAAAUCUUACUGGCCAAUCCUGAAAUGUAUUACACUUCCACCACGUUACAUAAAUUCAUGCCAAAAAUUUUUUUGGAAUGUACUUCUAACAAUGAAUGUUGAAUUAAUGUUUAUAUAAAAUAUGU